CAGACAGAGGGACAGACAGAAGGACAGACAGACAGACAGAAGGACAGACAGACAGACAGACAGACAGACAGACAGACAGACAGACAGACAGACAGACAGAAGGACAGACAGACAGACAGACAGACAGACAGAAGGACAGACAGACAGACAGACAGACAGACAGACAGACAGACAGACAGACAGACAGACAGACGGACAGACAGACAGACAGACAGACAGACAGACAGACAGACAGACAGACAGACAGACAGACAGACAGACAGAAGGACAGACAGACAGACAGACAGACAGACAGACAGACAGACAGACAGACAGACAGACAGACAGACAGACAGACAGAAGGACAGACAGACAGACAGACAGACAGACAGACAGACAGACAGAAGGACAGACAGACAGAAGGACAGACAGACAGACAGACAGAGUGCUGCAUCCUGAUUGGAUCGUUUCUCAGGUGGGAGACACACCUUUCAAAGGGACUUUCAUAAACUGGAGGACAACAUGGAUCUGGACGACUACAGUGUGUACAGUCAGCUGUCUGACGAGGAGCUGCUGCAGAUCGCUGUGGAGAGAAGCCUCUCCGAAGGGCUCGCUCCCUCGGAACCGAGCACCACCUUUUCAUCGCCCCCAGCCACAUUUCCACCUCCCAGACUCCCCCAGGCCUCCAGCUGUGUUAACUCCCCAACAGCCAUGUCCAACUUCCCCUACAGAGCCUUAAGGAGAGAGUUCAGUCCUCUGCAGACCCUGAUCAUGAAUGGAGAGGCCGAUGCUCUGAUGGAUUUUGUCAGGCAGGGGUCCAGCAGUCUGACGGAGCCGAGCGAUGAAGGCAGGAUCGCUCUCCAUGAAGCUGCUUGUUAUGGACAGCUGCAGUGUGUCUCAGUCCUCGUCACAGCUUUUCCCGACUCAGUGAACAGAUGCACUCUGAAGAGUGAGAGCGCUCUGCUGCUGGCCGCUGGACAAGGAAACCUUUCCUGUGUAGACUUCCUCCUGAAACACGGAGCCGACCCAAACAUCGCCAACAAGGAACGUGAGACGCCGCUGUUCAUUGCCUGUGAGCAACUCAACGAUGCUAUUGUGGAUCUACUGCUGAGGGGUGGGGCUCAAGUGAACCGGUCCAACACUCAGGGAGCUAGUGCUCUCCAUGAAGCCUGCAGGAACGGACAGCUGAAGAUCUGCCGCAUGUUACUGGAGUCCGGAGCCCUUCUCCAGACCAAAGACAUCUAUGGAAUCCAGCCUUUCUUCAGCGCUGCACAGCAUGGAUACACCGACAUCAUCCAGCUGCUUGCUAAGAAAGGUGCAGAUGUAAAUGGCCAGGCGGCAGAUGGAGCCUCGCCGCUGUUUGAAGCCUCUAAGAACGGCCAUGUUUCCGCAGUGGAGGUGCUGCUGUCUCUGAAGGUGGAUGCUAACCGUUCCAUGAAGUCAGGUCUGCUACCUCUUCACGUGGCUGUUCAGAACAAUCACUUCAGAAUCGUGUCGUUACUAAUCUCGGUGACCAGCAUGGUCAGAGUACGGCACAGCGGCAUUAGUCCUCUGCACAUCGCGGCAGAGAAGAAUCGGGGUGAAAUCAUGGAUCUGUUGAUCAAGUCUGGAUUUGAAGUCAACUCCGAGCUAUCAGAGGCCUGCUCCAUAAUAUACAAGGACCGGCGGAGCACGGCGCUCUACUUCUCCGUCUACAACAUGAACCUGGAAAUAGCCGAGAUGCUGCUGGAGGCCGGAGCCGACCCCAACCUGGAUGUGUUCAACCCGCUGCUCAUCGCUGUGCGGCUAGGCCGGAUAGACAUGGCCACACUGCUGCUUAGGUACGGCGCCAACGCCAACGCUCAGAUCCCCACCCAGUCGUCCUCUUUUCCGGCAGCCAUCCUGCUGAGGAUGGAGUCUCUGCCCAUGCUCAAACUGCUGCUGGACAACGGUUGCGACGCCCGGUGCUGCUUCGACUGUCCGUAUGGACAGAAAACACAUCUUGACGUCCAGCCGUCCCGAUGUCCCAUCGAGGAAAUGCAGUUCUGUGAGGCCAUCUCCUGCCUGACUCUCUGCCAUGUCGCCGGUCCAAUCAUCUCGCUGCUGCUGGACUAUGUCGGACAUGUUCGUCUCUGCUCCCGGCUGAUCGAGGUCCUGGAGAGUCAGAGCAACUGGGCGCCGAUCAAACUGAAAGCUGUUCCUCCUCAUCCUCUGAUGCAGCUCUGCCGGCUGGAGAUCAGACGUCUGCUCGGCGUCCAAAGACUCAAACUGCUCCACACUCUGCCACUUCCUGUCAGACUUGUCCGCUUCCUGCACUACGACGUCACUACUCACUUACCUGAAGUCACCUGUGACGGGUACAUCUGAAUGGUACAUGUGGUGGGUACAUGUGUGAAUGUGAAGGCUUCAUCGGACUGAACACAGAGCUAGUUCGUGGAUGGAUGGUAACAGUUUAUUAAAGUUGUGGAAGAUGCUCAAUAAAUCUCUGCAAUUGGCAAGCUUCUUAGAUUAGGACAUUACACCUGAAACAGCUCACCUGUUGAACCUGGCACACACAUUGAGGUCUUCAGCAGCGUAACCACGUACACUUGGGUCUGCGUCACUCCACAACUCGAUCCAGUUUGGGUUUUCAUCAUGGGGAACACAAGGCCGGGCCUUGAACGACAUCAGUGAUGGUGUGUGUGUGCGUUUAUGUGGUACCCCGACUCUGUGGGCACAGAUGAUAGCUAAUUAGCAAAGAUAGCGCUAGCAGCUGUGGAAACAAGCCUUUGUUGUUGAAGCCCAAAGUGAGGUAUUCAUGUGCAGUGAAUAGGUUAGCAGUUUGAUCCUGCAGAGCACCUGAGGGUCUCACACCGUCCUGCUCGGAUCAGGGAUGAUACCAUAUUUCCUCUCUGAGGAAGGGGUAGGUGCUUUCUCAUUGGCUUGCCAACAACAGCAAUUUUAACUCCAGCAGCAGCUUUUUCCAGGCAGUUAGAAAUGUAUUGAGUGGAGCCGGGGAGGAGAGCCGGAGUCUUUUGUUAAAUUCUUCCUUUCCUGUUUUAAGGCCUGGCAGCCCUGAUACAUGAAGAGCUUUGCUGCCUCACAGUUUGGUCUUUGCGUUUGAAGUGAUGGACUGUUUAUUUACCUUUAGAUCAGGGGGUGCGUCCCAAUCCCCAGGGAUCUCCACAGACGCUCUCUCUUCUCCGUUCUGUUUUUAUUGAUCUUAUUCUUACAACAGCUGUUCGUGGUAAAUACAUUUGGACAUGAAGGUCUUCGUUAACCCGAGUCUCUGUUUCUGUGUUGCAUAACUGGAGUUUAAAAUAAAGAAUGAGUCAAACAAA